CGCCUUGCUGUCAUCCAGCAUCUACCAUUUUACCUCAUAGUGCAAGAAGGAAAUCUGAUGUGGAGCCAUGCUUUGUGAAGGCAGAUUGCUGAUCAUGACCUACUGUGAAUUUGAAGAGCUGGACUCCCUUCCUUCUAAGCCAGCUUUCCAGAAUUCUUAUGGGUCACAGAAAGCAGCUGCUGCCCUCAUACCAGGUUCCACCAGACAUGCUCCGCUUGUUCAUCACAAUUCCCCGGAGCAGAUAACUACAGACAACCGAAGGGCUUCAGCUGAGUUGUACAUUUCUCCUUUGCAGUCCUUAAAUCUUCAGAGAGCUCAUCUAGGCAGGCAGAUCUCUCGAGAGAUAGAGAUCCCGGCCCAAGCUCACUCAGGUGGCGAUACCCCUUUCUUGGUUCCCUCGUUCUGUCAGAGCUUUUGCAAAAACUACAGUGACCUUCAUAUUGCAGGUGACCAAGUGCUGCCUCUCUCAGCUAAUAAUUGCGAGCUGAGGGUUUGUGCCAAUGUACCGGAUGUCGGUCCCUUUAUCCAGUCUUGUGAUGUGCCCCCAGCUGUGGAAGAUUCUCUCCAAGGACACGAAGCUCGGGAUGGGAUGCUGUUUCCACUGAGGGGAGGUUCGAAUCGGUGGAGACUGGGGAGCGGCCGUGAUCGGAGCUUUUUGCUCCAGGAGCAUGAAGGUCCAUUUUCCAACUCCCUUCUGAAUCACUACCUGGAGCAAAAACUCCUGGAUCUAUAUCAGCAAUACAUGAUGGAGAAUAUGGCAAGAGAAGGAGCCCCUGGUUCAGACUCUGACGCAAGUGCCAUUUGCCCUUUACUGGGCUCAGAGCUGGUCCUCACCAGCCUGGACCAAAUCACUUUGCAGCUCAGCCGGGAGGGCAACAUGGAGGCCGGCUUGGCCAAGGACAUGGUCCUGAGCUGCUUCCUGCGAGUCGCUGGUGAUAUGCAGUCAAGUGAGAUCAGUACUCCCUUUCUGCAGAUUUCUAAUGAGGCAUCCAGGGAGCAACUCACAGAGAGUAAUGAGUGACCCCACUGUCAAGGAACUCCUUCAUUCAAUACUGCCUUUCAUUUCAGUACAACACUGAAAAAACCCAGGAUUGGACUGAUAACCACAUUUUUAUUUUAUUAGCUCUUGAGAAGAUGUUAAAUGAGAGUUCUAUGUGGGAUUAUGCAGUAAUUACCUGGAAAAUGUGCCGUAUUUAUGCAUCCUAAAUUGAAUUUGCAGUGAUGACACUGGGAUCUGUGUUUACCUGUCUUUAGUGCAGCUUUAACUUUCUAAAGAAAAUAAAAACAGGAACUGAAA